GUCGCGCUGUUGAACUCUGCCGGAAUGUACAUGUAUAGCUGCGUUCAGUCAUGCGUGACUGGUGCGCCAACCUAUAACACGCACUAAGCACGUCGAAGGCCGAUGUAACUAUAGCCUUUAUAGGCCUAUGCGCCAUUUGACAUGUCAGCCAUGCUGCCAUAUGGUUAAGUUAGUAGCUGGAAGUGAAAGAGCGGCGGAUUUCCUGUUUGUACGAUCGAAUUGUAAAUGUUGCAUCAUGGGAGAUAUUUUGUGAAGUGUCAUUUCACCAGACUCUGACCUGAACAUCGAGCUGUUUCGGAAGAUACUUAUCAUCUAGAAUACCAGCGAAAAUGGCGUUUUGUUGCAGUGCAUUGAAAAGUGUGUGUCGCUUGAAGACUAUUGACGUCAACUCUACCGAAUCCCAAUUCAAACGAUGUCUGACAACCGUAGAUUUGACUAUUCUGGGUAUGGGGACGAUGAUGGGAUCAGGGUUGUAUGUACUUACUGGCGUCGUUGCCAAGGAAACCGCUGGUCCUGCUGUCAUUUUGUCCUACCUCAUUGCAGCCAUUGUGUCAAUCAUGGCGGCGAUGUGUUACGCGGAGUUUGGCUCUCGCGUACCAGUGACAGGAUCUGCUUAUACGUAUACGUAUGUCACGAUUGGCGAGCUGUGGGCCUUUGUGAUUGGCUGGAACUUGGUACUCGAAUACGUUGUGGGCGGGGCUGCAGUUGCGCGUUCCUUUAGCGGCUAUUUGGACGAAAUGAUUGGCUAUCGUUUGAGCAACUUCACGAAGAAUGUUAUCUUUGGAGGUCAUGCAAUACACAUACAGUAUUUUGCAGAAUAUCCCGAUCUUUUCUCCGGAAUUUUACUGGUGUUUGUGUUACUCUUCGUUAUUCUGGGCGCUAAAGUAUCAGCAAGAUGCCUAAAUGUCAUGGUAACAGUCAACCUUUCCGUGGUUGUCUUUGUGUUUGUUUCCGGUACUUUCUUGGGUGAUUUGAGGAACUGGAGCGAUUUUCUGCCGUUCGGUUUCGCUGGGGCGUUCUCAGGAGCAGCUAGCUGUUUCUUUGCUUUCACCGGAUUCGACACCAUUGCACUGUCAAGCGAGGAGGCGCUUGAUCAUGAGAAGGGUGUGCCUCGCGCCACGGGCCUUUCUAUCGUGUUUGCCGGUCUGUCUUACGUCGCAGUCUCAGUCUCAUUGACGCUUACGAUGCCUUACUACGAGAUACACGAGGAGGCUGCGUUUUCUUACGCAUUGGCACUCCAUGGGUUGGUUUGGGCUAAAUAUGUCGUAGGAUUGGGCGCUUUGUGUGGUAUGUUUACAUCCCUCCUUGGUACACUGUUCUCGUUACCUCGCUCCGUAUAUGCAAUGGCUAACGAUGGUCUUCUAUUCGCUUUCCUGGCGAAAGUUUCUGAGCGAACUCGAGUUCCGGUGGUAGCAGCGGUGUUAUUUGGUCUCCUUUCAGCCGUUUUAGCUGUUGUGUUUGACUUGGCUGCCUUGGUAGAGUUCAUGUCCAUAGGCGUACUGAUGGCUUAUGCAAUUGUUGCUGGUGCAGUGAUUGUGCUGAGGUACAAGCCUUCCCAUGGCUUAAAGAGCUCAAGAGCUAGCUCGGUCGAGCCUGCCAUGCCUCUAAGCGACAGUGAUGGCGAAGAGAAAGGGAUGGUUGCUCCUGAAGAAGCUAACACAGACGGGGAACUUCUCGAUGUACUGGAAGCAGAGGGAAGCUUGAAGCGACACUUUAGGUUUCUGACAUUUCUUGCCGACCGUGAGCCGGGCGAGGUAGUGUGCGUCUGUCUGUUUCUAACAGUCAUCUUACAGACGUCAGUAGUGGUGUUUGGUGUGGUGGCAUGGGAGUCAAUCGAGGCUGGAGAAUGGUGGGCAGCACUCUCAAUGAUUUUGCUUGUUACCUUGGCAAUCGUCACAUUUCUGCCCAUACCAAUGCACAAUCAGACGAGGAACGGCCAUGGAUACAGUGUACCCUUAGUGCCCUACCUUCCCAUGGUAAGCAUACUCUGUGAUAUCAUUCUAAUGGUCCUGCUCAAGCCGGUCACGUGGGUUCGAUUUGCAAUCUGGGCUGGACUAGGUCUGCUGGUGUAUGGGUCAUACGGUUAUUGCAACAGUGUCGAGGGUCGCGAAAGGAAGGCUACCAGUAAUCAACCGAAAUAUAAGAUCAUCACCAACGACAAUGUAACUUCGCCUCUGUCUCUGUAUGGAACGAUUUCACUACAGCAGCCCAAGUCAGCAGAUCAGGACACUGAAACGGAAAAAACGAUCAAAACUGAAUUGUAAAUUAAGAGCUUGUUGUUGUGCGGCGCUCACUUGGCACUUGUUAAUUAAUGGCCGGAUUGAAACGUGUAUGCGUGGCAUGCAUUUUGUUUAUUCAUGAAACUAUUCUCUUGCCGAUAACGAUACCAAACUCUUAGGAUAUGGGCAAGUAAUUAUAAGGGCUCAAGAAUUAAACAUAAUCAGAGGAAAAAAAGCUCUUUUUCAAAAACCCUGCAAGGAAGUGUAAUACGGUCAUUCUAUAACUUCAGGGUCCAAAAGUGUGACAUCAUUUUGUGUCUCUGUUACAUCUGACCUGUGUAAUUUGACUUGGAAAUA